AUCUUGCAUCGCAACCAACUCUCACAAUGUAGCUCCCAUCACCUACACGCAAAACUGCAUAAUCUAAAUCAACUUACCCGAUCAUGUCCUCUCCACCACCAAAAGUCCUGCUCUUCGACAUCGGCGGCGUCUGCGUCGUCUCCCCUUUCGCAGCAAUCCUAGCCUACGAGAAACAAAACUCCAUCCCCAUCGGCUGGAUAAACACCGCAAUCUCCGCCUCAGGCAAACACGGCGCCUGGGCCCUCCUCGAACGCGGCAAGAUCCCCCUCGACUCCUCCUUCUUCCGUGCAUUUUCCUCCGACCUGUGCUCCGAACCCCUGUGGCGACAAUUCUACAUUGCCCACUUGAAAAGGACCAGAAAGCAGGAAACAACAGCACAAGCGAUAGAGGAAGCAGCAUACCAAGUCCCCGCACCACCCAAAAUAGAUGGCGAAAAAUUGUAUUGGGAAAUGAUGACUGUUUCCCGAAAACCGGAUAUGUGGAUGUGGCCGGCGUUGCAAAAGUUGCGCAAACACGCGACAGAAGAAAAAGGAUAUAUCCUCGCUGCAUUGAGUAAUACUUGUAUUUUCCCCGCAGAUCAUCCUUUUACCUCUUCCACCUCGCCCGACGGCAUCUUCCACGCUAAAUUAAGAGGGAUCUUCGAUUUAUUCGUUUCAUCAGCACAUGUGGGGAUGAGAAAGCCGGAUGUGGAGAUUUAUGAAUAUACGAUUGGGGAAUUGGAUAGACUUGCUAGGGAAAGGGGGGACGAGGAUGGGGUGAAGGCGGGGGAUAUUGUGUUUUUUGAUGAUAUCGGGACGAAUUUGAGGACGGGGAGGCAGGUGGGGAUGAGGACUGUUAAGGUGGAGUUGGGGAGGGCGGAUAAAGCUGUGGUGGAGUUGGAGAGGUUGACGGGGUUGAGUUUGUUGGAAGGGGAGAGGGGGAAGUUGUGAGGAUGAGGAGGGGAGAGGGGAUAGUUGUAAGGACGGGAGAGGUGGAAGGUUGUGUUGAUGUGUUGGAGCGCAGUGUAUUGGGCUUGGAGAUACCACGGUUCUAGAGAAGAGAUUUACAUGGUGCUUCUGCGGUGAGAAACAUGCACGAAGAAGCGAGUACUUCAAAGCCACUCUCGACAAUGUCGGACGGCUGUGACGUUCCUGACCGCCCGAAACACCUAGUUCCUCAUCUCGCAGCUGUUCGAUGCGAAAGCCCCAAAAUGUUCCAUGGACUUGCUGAAAGCAUCCAUUCCUCCUUGUUCACCAGUCUCUCUCGCUAUGAUUAGCUCAGUGAGAGAGCCCGCAGCCUCAGGCCUCGGCUCUGGCCAUAGCGAUCCUGGCUCUUCUGUUCAUGGCCCACUCGGCCAACCUUGAAUUGUAC